AUCUGGUAGGUCCUGAAAUGGCUCAUAAUCAGUUGGUGCAUAAUUCUCAAAUGUUUCUGGUAUAUUCAAAAGAUUCAGAAGGCUCAUCAACACUUUAUUCAGAAUUGUCAUCAGGAGGAUUUAUAUUAAGUUUUG